AUGUUUUCUCGUUUUGCACGCCAUGUCAAUAAAUUAGCUACCAUACACACAAAUUUACCUACUAUCUACUUGCUCUUAUCAUCGAUUGCAUACCAUCCACGAUCGAUCCCUCGGUCCGUCCGGCGAUGUCGGUUAGCAUUACGUGAUAUUUUUGUGAUGUUUUGUUUUGUCGAUCCAUACGAUUGUGAUUCAACUGAAAUAAAACUACAUGUAGGCGAACGUGUGUUCACACCAAAUCCGCGAACUAUUUACGGUGGCGAGUUGAUGGCACAGGCGUUGAUCGCGGCAAGCAAAACUGUCGGAAAAGAUCUGAAACCACACAGUUUGCAUUGUUAUUUUCACGAUCGCGGUAUGUAUUCCGAAUGUGUGUGUGAGCUACAUACCAUUACUGUUAUUUUAAUCACUCACUCAACGUGCUCGCGGCUAAUUAAGGGGAAAACAUAUUGUGUAUGGAGCAUAUUUGGUCAGUCUUUUUUAUUACACAAAAGUGAAUGGAGUAAAAGGGGUCAACCCCACGAUUCGAAGAUAUACUGA